AUGUCGGGCUUUUGGAAGUUUACCAACAGCUAUGCAUCCAAGGUAUCCAAAAUAUUGGAGCACGAUGAUUUUACACUUGAAGAUCUUUUAGACGAGAGAGAGACCAUUCCAGAAUUACUUGCUUCGAACUCAAAACUUGUCGAAUAUUUUCGUCAGACUGAUAUACUGGAGAAUCUGGUGGAUUAUGUUGUUGGAGAUGAUGAAUAUCAGAAGCAAGAGUUACAAGAGCACAAAAAUGAUUUGGAAGAGCAAGGAGAGCUUUUAAUAGAAAAAAUGGAGCACAAAGGUCACCAAGAAACCUUAACAGAUCUUGAGAAUUCAUCGCUGAAGGAAAAUGAUGUUGCAAUCGCAGGUCAUAAUGAAAAGACCUCCUCAGAUAUUAAGGCGACUGCGGAUUCUGACUCUGACUCAGAUUCAGAUUCGGACUCGGAUUCGUCGUCAUCAUCGUCGUCGUCAUCAUCAUCAUCUUCCUCCUCUUCUUCUUCAUCUGAUGGUGAAAAUGAAGAGCUUCCAGAAGAUCCGGGAGGGCAAACACUCGAGGAUUCAGAAAGUAACUCUAAAAUCGAUGAAUCACCGGACUUAGAACGGCUUGCUGAAGCUGAAGCUGAAGAUGAAGAUGAAGAUGAUGACACUAAUAUAAAUGAUAAUGAUGCAGAUGGAGAUGAAGAAGAAGUUGAUAAGGAAACACCUGCUGAGAUACAUACCCGAAGAGCGCAAGUUGCCGCAGAAAUCCUUUCAGUGGAUGUCUGGUCCCUUACAGACACAUUCAUGGAAAACACUAUACUGAUUAAGAAACUAUGGAGUAUUCUUGAUAAGGAGCCACCUCUACCGAUAUUUUCCGCUACUUACUUUAUGAAAAUUAACGAACACCUUUUGGAUAUGAAGACCCCUGAAAUGAUACAAUUUAUUCUUCAGAAAUCGGAUAUAGUUGAGCGAUUUUUACAUCACAUUGAUACUCCUCCUUUGAUGGAUUUCUUGCUUAAGGUGAUCUCGACGGAUAAACCUGAUAGCUCCACAGGGAUACUAGAAAUGCUCAAAGAUCAAAACCUGAUUCCAUCUCUUUUAUCUCUACUAGCGUCGGAGGUGCCAUCAUCGAUACAAAGCUCUGCUGGCGAUUUCUUGAAGGCAUUCAUAACAAUUUCUGCUAACAAUGCCGAAAGUACCACUAUUGGACCUAACGAGCUCACUAGAGAGCUUGUAAGUGAACCCAUGGUUAAGCUGCUUGUCAAUAUGAUGCUCCAAGGAGGAACUGGCUUAUCAAAUGGCGUAGGAAUUGUCAUUGAGAUUAUCCGCAAAAACAACUCGGAUUAUGAUCCCGUCCCCGUUGUAUAUGUAACUCCUGAAUCACACCCUCCCAUGCCCAGAGAUCCUAUAUACUUGGGUACAUUAGUGAAAGAGUUUGCCAAGGCUAUGCCAGGAUUUACCAAACUGCUUGAAAAAAAGAAAGACAAGACUCUUCUUACCCCAUUUGGUGCAAUCGAGCCCUUGGGAUUUGAAAGAUUCAAAAUAUGUGAACUCGUUGCUGAGUUGAUCCACUGCUCCAAUAUGGCACUACUGAAUGAUGAAAGGGGGGAGGCUAUUGUCAAAGAAAGAGAUAUAAUUAGGAACAAGCUCAUCGAAAAACACAAAGAACUCAUGCAGGCUGCCGAUGAAGACUCUACUGUUUCAUGGGAUGAAAUGGACAUCUCACGAGAGAUUGAAAACCUACAACUCAACGAUGAGGAGGAAAAACCUCAAAGUGACGAAAGCGCCGAUAAAUUGUUUGAAAAUAAUGUGAAAGAUGACGAGGAUAGUGCAAACGCUACUGAAGAAGAAGCCGAUAAUGACAAGGAUGACGAGGAGACCGUGGAUGAAAAUGACUACAGUGAAGUGGAAAGGAUGCUGAGGAAGAAUCCUGUUGUAGGCGAUAAGCUCAAAAUUGCGCUUUACGAUAACGAGGUUAUUGUGACAAUUCUCAAGAUGUUUUGCCAGUUUCCAUGGAAUAAUUUUCUGCAUAAUGUUGUGUUUGACAUAGUUCAACAAAUACUCAACGCUUCCAUAGAAAUUGGAUACAACCGGCAAUUAGCAAUUGAUUUGUUCGACAGAGGUCGCAUAACUGAGAUGAUUGUUCAAGGGUAUAACAAGUGUAUGGACUACGAAAAUGCUACGGGAAUCAGGUUGGGAUAUAUGGGCCAUUUGACACUUAUAGCGGAAGAGGUCGUGAAAUUUAUCUCUUUGAAUCUUGACAGCACUCUUAAAUCUAGCAUUAUUGACGAAGCUGUGUCUGAUUCUGACUGGAAGUAUUUUGUGGAUGAGAUCUUGGUGGAUACCAGAAAUAAAUAUAAUGCGGUUUUGGGUAAUGAUGGGGCAGACACCGAAGGAUCAUGCGGAAUUCCAUUUCCUGCUAGUGUGAUCGAUGGAGAGGAAUAUCAAGAUCCUCAGGAUGUGGAUGGAGACGAUAGUAAUGAUUACUACGAUUAUGAGCAGGAUAAUAUGAAUACAGAGUCUGAAGACCAGGACCUGGAUGAAGAUCAAUUUUCAAGAUAUAUGAGCCAGGAGAUGGCGAGCGAUUUCAAUGACAGAAUGGGAGUAUCGUCAGAUGAUGACUCGGAAGAAGAGGAGAAACCAGCAGGUGAUGUUUCUUGGAGAUUCGAAGGCGAAGGUAAUAGCAGUGACGAGGAAGGGCUGGUGGAUUCUGAGAUUGGAGGAAAACCUUAUUAUGAGAUGGAGAAUAAAACUACGACAAUUGAAACCAAUAGCCAUCAAGUUAAGGAAAAGCUUUCUGAGAAUGAACUUAUAGAGAAACAAAUACCUGAAGCCGAUGAACUGGAUAUAGCCGACCAUGAUCUUGAGAGAGUACACGACGAUACUACAGUUAGUUCUGAAAAUGAGGAGUACGAAGAUCCAAAUGAUGAUGGUCAGUCGUACACCAAAGCGAACCAUCCACUGUAUCAAGCAGACGGCUCUUUGAACUAUCCUAUUCUGCCGAUGAACUUGCCGCUUCCAAUGGAUGAUAAUGAUGAACUCUAUGACGGUCCCGCCGGUGAUCUUGAGGGAUUGACUGAUUGA